AUGAACGAAGAACUACAGUGGAAGGCCUCGGAAGAAGAUCCCGUCCGUCGAGCUGGAACCCUUUCCAUUCCGCUCUCAAUUUUAAAAGUAUCGUCUAACAUCAAACAGGAAGCUCUCAUUCGUGCGCCCGAGACCAGUGUCCGUUUACAGGACAACCAUCCGGGGCCGCUGGGAAUUGACGCAGUCUACCAAUACCUGGUACCGGAACAGUACAGAAAGGAACUCCAGAGCAUUGGCAUCAUGGGUGACUCCGGAACUCCAGCAUUUUUCGUUCAUCCAUGCCAAACAACGGAUGCGAUGAGGCACAUUGCAAGACAGCUCUGUCUCACUCCCGAGAUUUAUCUCAUAAUCUGGCUCGGGUUGGUGGGUAACCGUCUCGGUCUUCAGCUGCCAAAGGAAUUCUUCACAGUCGAAGGCAUGGAGACAUUCCAAGGCACUGCGUGA